GGUGCACGGCCACACUGGCCGCGUGUUUACAAAAAUAUAUAAUUUGGAUCGCACCAACAGGGUGUGAUAUAUACCGUCAUUCCCGACCGACAUGAGUGACAACCCCGCCGCGGAGAACGAGAAGCGACCGCAGUUCGGAACCCGCCUGCUCACGGAUGCUGAAGACGUCUUCAAGCACAAUGCUUGGUAAAUAUGGGUGGCAAAUCCUCCGGAGAUUGGCCAGCAAAAGUUGGGAACACACUCGCCAGCGUAAAAAACCGUCGGGAGCGGGCAGCCGGGUGCUCACCGACGCGCGAGAGGUGUUCGAGUUUAACGCCUGGGACCACGUGCAAUGGGAUGAGGAGCAGGAACUGGCCGCGCAGGCGGCUGUAGCCAAGAACUCGUCCUCAAAGAUGGAAACAGAGCAGAAGGAGCGAUUUCAGACAGACGCCCCCAAGUUUUGGGACUCCUUCUACGGCAUUCACGACAACCGCUUCUUCAAGGAUCGCCACUGGCUGUUCACGGAGUUCCCCGAACUAGCUCCUCUGGAGACGGAUUCGGCGAAACUGCAACCUCGCAGCAUUUUCGAACUGGGCUGUGGAGUAGGAAACACAAUUUUACCCCUUCUACAGUACAACUCUGAAGCGCAGCUCAAGGUUUUCGGAUGCGACUUCUCCGUCCGGGCCAUUGAAAUCCUGCGAAGCCAACGGCAGUUCGACGAGAAGCGCUGCGAGGUGUUUGUCAUGGAUGCCACGCUGGAUCAUUGGCAGGUGCCCUUCGAGGAAAACUCACAGGACAUUAUUGUGAUAAUUUUUGUGCUGUCCGCAAUUGAGCCAAAGAAAAUGCAGCGGGUAUUGGACAAUUGCUAUCGCUACCUGCGUCCCGGGGGCUUGCUCCUCUUCCGCGACUACGGACGAUACGACCUGGCACAGCUGCGCUUCAAGAGCGGCAAGUGUAUGGAGGACAACUUCUACGUGAGAGGCGACGGCACCAUGGUGUACUUCUUCACCGAGGAAGAACUGCGGGGUAUGAUGACUCAAGCGGGGCUGCAGGAGGAGCAGCUCAUUGUGGACCGAAGACUGCAAGUUAAUCGCUGUCGCGGCUUGAAGAUGUACCGCGUGUGGAUUCAGACAAAGUUCAGGAAACCGCUUUAGGUCAAUUAAGACGACUAGUUCUGUGCAUUUUAAACCCUGUUUAAAUCAAUUGAUAUAAUUAUAAUAUUAUACCCUAUAUAUUUCGAAAUACAAAGUUCAAACAUCAUAUGUAAUAUUACUACAA